AUGCGACCCAACCUUUUGAAACCCGUUUGGGGAAUAAGAAGAGCGAUACUCUCUUUCCUCCCCGCCUCGCGCUGGGGCAGCUUAAGUAUAGAAAGCUACGCAACUUCCGUAUCUCGCUCUCCAUUCGGAGCGGCGUUUCGCCAUGAGCGCAUAGGACGUAGUUGGCUUCCGGGAAUAAGCGUAGGCAUUUUCGGGAGCCGCAGUUUGCGCAGCGCCGGGGCGCCCGUAACGUUUGGAGCAAGCCGUGGCGGUCCUCUUCCUCCAAAGAAGUUUGGUAACCCGGGGGAGCGCUUACGAAAGAAAAAAUGGGACUUAAAUGAACUGCCCAAGUUUGAGAAGAAUUUUUAUGUGGAACAUCCAGAAGUGGCCAGGCUUACUCCAUAUGAAGUUGAAGAGCUGAGAAGGAAGAAAGAGAUAACAAUUCGAGGAAUGGAGGGCUGCCCCAAGCCCGUGUUUGCCUUCCACCAGUGUAGCUUUCCACAGUAUGUGAUGGAUGCCCUGAUGGACCAGAAUUUCACAGAACCCACUCCAAUUCAGUGCCAAGGCUUUCCACUUGCUCUCAGUGGUCGUGAUAUGGUGGGCAUUGCGCAGACUGGCUCUGGGAAGACACUCGCAUACCUGUUGCCUGCAAUUGUUCACAUCAACCACCAGCCAUAUUUGGAGAGAGGGGAUGGCCCAAUUUGCCUGGUUCUCGCACCUACCAGGGAGUUGGCCCAGCAGGUGCAGCAGGUGGCUGAUGAUUAUGGCAAAUGUUCAAGGCUGAAGAGUACCUGCAUUUAUGGAGGAGCACCCAAAGGUCCCCAGAUCAGAGAUCUAGAAAGAGGUGUGGAGAUCUGCAUUGCUACACCGGGUCGCUUGAUUGACUUCCUUGAGGCAGGGAAGACCAACCUUCGUCGGUGUACAUACCUCGUGCUGGACGAAGCAGAUAGGAUGUUAGACAUGGGCUUUGAACCCCAGAUUCGCAAAAUUGUUGACCAGAUCAGGCCUGACAGACAGACUCUGAUGUGGAGUGCCACCUGGCCCAAAGAAGUGCGCCAGCUUGCUGAGGACUUCCUGCAGGACUAUGUUCAGAUCAAUGUGGGGAACUUGGAGCUGAGCGCCAACCACAAUAUCCUGCAGAUAGUGGAUGUAUGCAUGGAGAGUGAGAAGGACCAUAAACUGAUACAGCUAAUGGAAGAAAUCAUGGCGGAGAAGGAAAAUAAGACCAUCAUCUUUGUGGAGACAAAGAGACGAUGUGAUGAUCUCACUCGAAGGAUGCGCAGAGAUGGUUGGCCAGCUAUGUGUAUCCAUGGAGACAAGAGUCAGCCAGAAAGAGAUUGGGUGCUUAAUGAGUUUCGCUCUGGAAAGGCUCCUAUCCUCAUUGCUACCGACGUUGCAUCUCGUGGGCUAGAUGUGGAAGACGUUAAAUUUGUGAUAAACUACGACUAUCCGAACAGCUCUGAAGAUUACGUGCACCGCAUUGGCCGUACCGCGCGUAGUACCAACAAAGGUACUGCGUACACGUUCUUCACACCAGGAAACCUGAAACAAGCCAGGGAGCUUAUCAAAGUGUUGGAAGAAGCCAAUCAAGCCAUCAAUCCAAAGCUGAUGCAGCUUGUGGACCACAGAGGAGGAGGAGGUGGUGGUGGAGGAGGUCGUUCUCGUUACCGAACGAGCAGUUCAGUAAACAACCCUAACCUGAUGUACCAGGAAGAGUGUGACAGGAGGCUCCGGGGAGUGAAAGAGGGCCGGAGAGACUCAGGUGGCUUCAGAGACCGUGAGCGUGGUGACAGUUAUGCCAACGGAGCCAACAAGACCUAUGGCAGUGCCUACGGGAGCCCAAAUUCCGCUUUUGGGGCAGCACAGAGCCAGUAUGGUUACACUCAAGGGAGCUAUGGAGCAGCUGCCUAUGGCACGAGUGGCUAUGGCACUGCGGAGUACAGUGCUAGUGGCUAUGGUGCCAGCACCACAGCUGCCACCGCUGGGAGAACCUCACAGAGCACUACCCAACAGCAGUAUGCAGGGAUGGUGGGGCGCUCAGGCCAGCAGCCACAGCCGCUCAUGUCACAACAGUUUCCUCAGCCCCCUGCCACUAAUGUGAUGGGCUAUAUGGGACAGACUGCCACCUACCAGUACCCACCCCCGCCCCCACCCCCUCCACCCUCACGCAAAUGA